UCUUCAUCCCCCACCCUAAAACUCAACUACUCAUCCUCUAGCUCUCAGCUGCUACGAUCGAUCGCCAUUGCUAGCUAGCUCUAGCUCAGAGCACGUAGAAACACUUGCCAUGGCGGCGGCGCAGCAGCAGCAGCAGAAGGAGGGGGGCGCGAGGCGCACGAGGGAGGAGGUGCCGGCGGUGGGGAGGGUGGCGAUCAUCGGCGGCGGGAUCAGCGGGCUGGCGGCGGCGAAGCAGCUGGCGGCGCACGACCCGGUGGUGUUCGAGGCGACGCCGCACAUCGGCGGGGUGUGGAAGCACUGCGCGUACCGGUCGACGCGGCUGCAGACGCCGCGGCCGGACUACGAGUUCUCCGACAUGGCGUGGCCCAACCGCGACGACCCCUCGUUCCCCACCCACGUCGAGAUCGUCGACUACCUCGAGGACUACGCCGACAGGUUCGGCCUCUGGCGCUACAUCGCGCUCCGCUCCAAGGUCGUCGGCGUCAAGUUCCUCGGCGGCCCCUCCGCCGGAUUCACCGAGCUCUGGAGCGGCUCCGGCGAGCCCCUCCAGGGCAAGCCCAUGUGGGAGCUCGCCGUCUCCUCCACCGACGACCCCGACUCCGACGACGUCCAGUUGUACAAGUUCGAGUUCGUGGUGAUGUGCACGGGGAAGUACGGCGACGUGGCGAGGAUGCCGGUGUUCCCGCCGGGGAAGGGACCGGAGGUGUUCAAGGGGAAGGUGAUGCAUUCGCUGGACUACUGCAAGCUCAACGAGCAGGAGACCGUCGAGCUCAUGAGAGGCAAGAAGGUCGUCGUCGUUGGCUACAAGAAGAGUGCUAUUGAUCUAGCCCUUGAAUGCGCCGAGGCCAACCAAGGUGAGGGAGGGCAGCCGUGCACGAUGCUGGUGAGGACCCUGCAUUGGGUGGUGCCAUCCUACUCAAUCUGGGGCUUGCCCUUCUUCCUCUUCUACUCCACUCGCUUCUCCCAGCUCUUCUACGAGAGGCCCAACCAGGGCAUCUUCAGAUCACUCCUCUGCCGCCUCAUGACCCCAUUGAAGGCUGGGGUGUCCAAGUUCAUCGAGUCGUACCUGUCAUGGAAGCUUCCACUGAGCAGGUACGGGUUGAGGCCGGAUCACCCGUUCGUGGAGGACUACGCGAGCUGCCAGAUGGCCAUCCUGCCGGACGGCUUCUUCGACAUGGCCGACCGCGACCUGAUCCGUUUCCGGCGCUCCGCCGGCGGCUGGUGCUUCUCCGAGAACGGCGUCGUCCUCGACGACGGCACCCACGUCGACGCCGACCUCGUCUUCCUCGCCACCGGCUUCGAGGGCAAGGACAAGCUCCGCUCCGUCCUCCCCGAGCCCUUCCGCGGCCUCGUCGUCAACAAAUCCUCCAUGAUGCCCCUCUACCGGGGGACGAUACAUCCGCUGAUACCGAACAUGGCGUUCGUGGGGUACGUGGAGAGCGUGUCGAACCUGCACACGUCGGAGCUGAGGUGCAGGUGGCUGGCGGGGCUGCUGGGGGGGAGGUUCGCGCUGCCGGCGGUGGAGGAGAUGGUGAGGCACGUCGACGGCGAGACGGAGGCGAUGCGGCGGACGACGCGGUUCUACCGCCGCCACUGCAUCUCCACCUACAGCAUCCACGACAGCGACGCCAUGUGCGCCGACCUCGGCUCCCGCGUCCACCGCAAGUCCAACUUCCUCGCCGAGCUCUUCGCCCCCUACAACAACCAGGACUACAAGGAAGAGUAGCCAAUCCUGGCCGUCCAUCCUUCCCGUACACCGAAUCAAGAUACCGUUAAUUCAGUCGUAUAAAAUGAUAUAAUAAGAUUCGUUAUUUGUUUAUAAAAGUAAUUAAGUUAAUUGAUUAUUAAGGGCUGAUUAAUUAAUUGUUAGUUAAUAAUAAUGGAGGACUAGCUUAGGUCGUGUUCAUGUGUCAUGUGAACUGGGGAAUUGAUUUGGUGAGGACUCGAACUACGAUCUGGUCUCGGCCGCGACCGGGAGAGGAAUCAAAUCAUAUCCAAGAACGGGACCAUGUAAGUUAGGUCCGUAUGUACGAUCUGUACGAUCGAUGUGUGCAUGAUCAAAGGUGGUUUUUCCAAACCUCUUAAUUUGUAAUCAUUCUUUUUUGUCUGAUGAUGAAAUUCAAUAAAAUUCAUUUAUUGUCUGAAAUCGUA